AUGGUCGAUAAAACAAUAUUCAUUGCAAUGCUCGCUCAUCAAACCUUCACUUUGGCUGCCAUUACAACUUUCAUUCUGAUCGCUGUCAUACAAUGCGCCAAAAAAAAAGUCAACAACGCAGCAAUUCCUACUGGACAGCCACAAGCAGUACCAGGAAUUUUACCGCCAAUGGAUGAACAGAAGACGCAAUCUCUAAUCGAAGAAGGCGAGCACGAAAAAAAGAAAGAAGGGGAAGAGAAGAAAGAAUCUGCAAAGGAAACUGAAGAAAAAAGAAAAUCGAAGAAAGAGAAUUCGAAAAAAGAAAGCUGGAAGAAAGAGGUUUCAAAGAAGGAAGAAUCCAAAAAAGAAGCAAGGAAUACAGCGAUGACCCAACAAAGUGACCACAAAAUUUUAAAUGAGAUGAAAGUGAUGGUAACACAAGAAGUGCCAGUAAAUGAGGAAAAAGAGGAAGGGAAAAAAGAUGAAGUGAAGAAAGAGGAUUUUGGAAAGGAAAAGAGGGAAGAAAAAAAAGAGGAAGAUGAGAAGAAAGAGGAAAAGGAGAAAGAAGACAGAAAGGACGAAGAGAAGGAGGAAAAGAAGGAAGAAGAAGAUAAAAAGGAAGUUAAAUCGGAUAAAAAAGAGAGUGACACGGAAAAGAAAGAAGAGGGAGGUGAGGGUGAAAGUGAAACGAAGAAGUUACGAGUCAAAAUAAUUGGAACACGUUACGUUAACAUGCCAUGCGUAAAGCGAAUCAAGCUAUCAUGGAGUAUACGGAAAAAGUGUCUUUAUGUGUAUGCUUUGUUGUCAUCAUCAUUGUCUGCCAGUAAAAAUGAAAACGUUACCGAUACUGAAAGAAAAAUGGGCAAUCAGGUAUCUAGGCCUGAUAGAAAAGGAGUAGCGAUGCCACAACAUGCCCUAAUGAAAAUUGCUCGCAAACCUCAACGAACUCAAGAUACAGCCAACAAGUUACCACAAGCGAUACCACGAAGACAUUGCUAUCUAAAAUUAUUACGAAUGAGUCGUAUAAAAGACUAUUUAUUGUUGGAAAAAGAAUUUAUUCAACGUCAAGGGAAAAGUGGAUCAAACAGUGAACAACAGAAGAAAGAACGCAAAACUAUAAAUGCAUUACGUGGCUCACCGAUUGCACUUGCUCGAAUUCAUGAGCUUUUCCUGGAUGAAAAGCAUGCUGUAGUGGUUAUUGAAGGUAACAAACGAGAGUGGUAUAUACCAGUACUGUCAAUUGUUGACAAGGAUUUGAUCAGGAUUGGUGCUUUGGUUAUGGUAAAAGCUCAAGGAUCUCUGAAGAAUGUUCCCAUUGCAGUGGUUGGGGUAUUGCACGAUAGCAUUGACGCAUCUAACUCGAUCAUCAAUAAACUUGAAAAAGCACCCAAAGAAUCUUUCGAUGAUAUUGGAGGACUGGAAGAGCAGAUUCAGGAAAUUAAAGAAACUGUUGAACUACCGCUUGUUCAUCCGGAAUAUUAUGAAGAAAUGGGCAUUACACCCCCAAAAGGUGUCAUUUUGUACGGCGAGCCUGGAACAGGGAAAACUUUAUUAGCUAAAGCGGUAGCACACAGUACAUCAGCAACAUUUAUCCGAGUUACUGGUGCUGAUCUGAUUCAGAAAAACAGUGGUGAUGGCUCCAAAUUAGUACGAGAACUAUUUCGGAUAGCUAGGGAAUCAGUUCCAUGCAUCAUAUUUAUCGAUGAAAUUGAUGCAGUUGGCACGAAACGAUACGAUACGACUUGUGGUGGUGAGCGAGAAGUUCAGCGAACAAUGCUAGAACUGUUAAAUCAGCUUGAUGGAUUCGAAAGCCGCGGCGAUGUCAAGGUAAUAAUGGCAACAAAUAGGAUUGAUGUGUUGGAUCCGGCGCUUAUCCGACCAGGUCGAAUUGAUCGUAAAAUAGAAUUACCGAAACCAAAUGAAAAAACAAAGCUCAAAAUUUUUCAAAUACACACAGCAGGGAUGAAAAUUGCGACUAAUGUUAGGUUCGAAAAAUAUGCCUCAGAAUUAUCACUUUCCGGAGCUGAUUGUAAGGCAAUCUGUACAGAGGCGGGAAUGCUUGCGCUUCGUGCGCAAAGAAAGUUUGUGUGUCUGGAAGAUUUCGAUAAAGCUAUGGAACGAGUUAUUAUGCAGAAGAAAAGUGAAGCACCAGAGGAAUUUUUCAUGCUUGAAAUGAUUUAA